GACAACAACAAUUGAAGAAGACAAAGAAGAGAUCGAAUGUCUCUACUCACUCUCCUCCUCUUCUUCCUCUCCUCACUCCUCUCUCCAUCCAAAUCGAGUCCACUAAAACCACACCCUCUCCCUCUCCCACCCCUCCCUUCCUCCCAACAGCUCCAAUGGCAGCUCGGAUCCAUGUCCAUGUUCCUCCACUUCGGCCCCAACACCUUCACCGACUCCGAGUGGGGCACCGGCAAAGCCGACCCGUCCGUCUUCAACCCGACCCGCCUCGACGCCUCCCAGUGGGUCCGAACCGCCAAAUCCUCCGGCUUCUCCCGCGUCAUCCUCACCGCGAAGCACCACGACGGCUUUUGCCUCUGGCCCACCGCCUACACCGACUACUCCGUCAGAUCCUCCCCGUGGCGUAACGGAACCGGCGACGUCGUGGCCGAGCUAGCUUCCGCCGCCGCCGCCGAGGGCAUCGGGCUCGGUCUCUACCUCUCCCCGUGGGAUCGCCACGACGGAAGCUACGGGAAGACGGUUGAGUACAACGAGUUUUACCUAAGUCAGAUGACCGAGUUGCUCACAAAGUAUGGAGAUAUCAAGGAAGUGUGGUUAGAUGGAGCCAAAGGGGAAGGAGAGAAAGACAUGGAGUAUUACUUCAACACUUGGUUUAGUUUGAUCCACCAGCUUCAGCCCGGCGCCGUUAUAUUUUCCGACGCCGGUCCUGAUGUCCGGUGGAUCGGUGACGAAGCUGGAGUCGCUGGCUCUACUUGCUGGUCGCUUUUUAACAGAACCGAUGCGAAAAUAGGGGACACUGAUCCUCUCUACUCUCAGGAAGGCGAUGGGUUUGGUCAGGAUUGGGUGCCGGCUGAGUGCGAUGUGUCGAUCAGACCGGGUUGGUUUUGGCACGCGUUGGAGAGUCCUAAACCGGUGGCUAAGCUUCUUGAGAUUUACUAUGACUCCGUGGGGAGGAACUGUCUUUUCUUGCUCAACGUUCCUCCUAACUCGUCAGGGUUGAUAUCGGAACAGGACGUUAAGGUUCUUAAGGAGUUUCAUGAGUUGAAAAAAUCGAUUUUCGACAAUAACCUCGCCCGGAAAGGUUUUGUUAACUCGAGCAGCGUCCGUGGCUCGGAGUUUGGUGCGGAGAAUGUAUUGGAAGAAGGGUUGGAUAAGUACUGGGCGCCAGAGGAGAAGAAGCAGAAGAGAGGGUGGGAGCUGUACUUGGAGUUUCGAGAUCCGGUUAGUUUCAACGUGUUGGAAGUGGGAGAACCGAUCCAGAUGGGACAGAGGGUGGCCUCUUUUCGUCUGGAGAUGCGGAACGUUAAGAGCGGUGAGUGGGAGAGAGUUGUGAGCGGCACGACCGUUGGUUUCAAAAGGCUUUUGAGGUUUCCGAGGUGUCAGUCUCGGUCUUUGAAGCUUGUUGUGGAGAAAGCUAGGGCCGACCCGCUUAUAUCGUACGUUGGAGUCUACAUGGAUAAGUUUUCCGAUAAGGGGAGGGACUCAUCUUCGAAGAUAACAGUCACAAGGACGCUUCAGGAGGAGAUUGUAAUGAAUGAUUCCAAGAAAUAACUUCUCUGAAGAAGUGUUAGGUGCUUCGUCAAAUGAUAUAAUCAUGUUAUGUAUAUUAUCAUUUGUGACUUCUAUCUAAAUUAAAUAAAAUGAUCGAUGUUGUGUGUA